UAUAAAUCCCGUGUGUGCCCCGGUUCCUUUCGAGAUAUUUUCGUACUCAGUACUACAACACCCUCUGCAUACUGUCAGAGCAAUCAUACUAGUACUACAGUAGCUAACCGCGAGUCGUCAAACAUGGCGCUCAACAUCACCAACUUUUACAACAUCAUCAACAACGAACUCCUCACCAGCCCCCAAACCCGACACAGCAUCAACCCCACCACGGGUCUCCCCAAUCCCAAAGUCCCACAUGCCAGCCCGGACGACCUCAACCGCGCGGUAACCGCGGCGCAAACCGCCUUCCCCAGCUGGUCGCGCACAUCCCUUCCCUCCCGCAAGGCCCUCCUCGAAACCUUUGCUUCGCUCCUCGAAACCCACAAGCAGACGUUGACGGCACUCCUGACCCAAGAGCAGGGCAAACCGCUCAGUCAAGCGCAGAUCGAAGUCGAGAUGGCGAUCACCUGGACGCGGCAGAUCCCGACGCUGCACCUGCCGACGACCAUCAUCGAAGACACGCCGGAGCGCCAGAUCGUGCAGCGCUACGUGCCCAUCGGGGUGUGCGCUGCCAUCGUCCCCUGGAAUUUCCCCGUGUUGCUGGCGGUGGGCAAGAUCGUUCCCGCGGUGUUUGCGGGGAAUACGGUGAUUGUGAAGCCGAGUCCCUAUACGCCGUACUGUGCGUUGAAGUUGGGGGAGUUGGCGGCGCGGUGUUUCCCGCCCGGGGUGGUGCAGGUGCUGAGUGGCGGGGAGGAGCUGGGCCCGUGGAUCACGGCGCAUCCCGGGGUGCAGAAGGUGAGUUUUACUGGGUCGAGUGUCACGGGAAAAAAAGUCAUGGAGGCGUGUGCGAAGGGGUUGAAGAGGGUGACCUUGGAAUUGGGGGGGAAUGAUGCGGCCAUUGUGUGUGAGGAUGUUGAUGUGGAUGCUGUCGUGCAGAAGAUCGGCAUCAUCGCCUUCCUUUGCUCCUCGCAGAUCUGCAUGACGAUCAAGCGUCUGUACGUCCACGAGAAGAUCUACGACGUCUUCCGCGACAAACUCGCCGCCUUCGUGCGCAACCUCCAGGUCGGCGACGGCACCCAGCCCGACACCUUUUUUGGUCCGGUCCAGAACCGCAUGCAGUUCGACAAGGCCACCCACCUCCUGAAAGCUACGCAGGCCGCCGGACUGCAGACCAUCACCGCCGGCGAGCUGCCCGCGCACCUGGGCGAAGGGUACUUCAUCCCGCCGACCCUGGUGGAUAACCCGCCGGAGGACUCGCGCGUCGUGCAGGAGGAGCCCUUUGCGCCGAUCUUGCCGCUCAUGAAAUGGUCAGACGAGGCGGAUGUGAUCGCGCGCGCCAAUGCGUCGGACUACGCGCUGAGCGCCUCAGUGUGGACCCGGGAUAUGGAGCGCGCACGGGGGCUUGUCGAUCAGCUGCAGGCGGGGUCUGUCUGGGUGAAUUCGCAUUUCGAUGUCGCGCCGCAUGUGCCGUUUGGGGGGCACAAGGGCAGUGGGAUCGGGACGGAGUGGGGGGUGCAUGGGUUGUUGGGGUGGUGUAAUUCCCAGACCCUGUGGUUGAAGAGUCAGUUGUAG